GGGCUUGGCGAGAAAAUUCCACCUCGUCUAUUUGGGAUCUUCUAAUUUCUGUUUCUAUUUAGAAAGUGACAACUAUUCUCUUAUCUUACAAAGUAAAGCGGAGCUGGAUACAGCGUAAGCUGUCAGUGGCCCUUGUAAACCCAAGUGACUAAGAAGAAAAGUAGAAAAUAAGGAAAGUGACAUCUUUUACAGGCACUCCACCCUGAUAAUCAUCAAAGAUGGUUGACUGGUUCUAUGUGGCACUUGGACUUGUUGGUCUGCUGCAUCUACUACUGGGAUGCUGCACGUUCUAUCAGAUAAUUCUCCUCAUCAGCUUCUUAGCUUUUCUGCGGUACAUUUAUCUACCAGCAGAUUGUGACAUUGUCCUUUGGUUGUAUGAGCGCCUUGGUCAACCAGUUGAAAGUCUCAAAGGACGUGUUGUUUGGAUCACUGGAGCUUCAAGUGGAAUUGGAGAAGCCCUGGCCGUUAGGUUAGCCCAAGCCGGAGUCAGGAUUGCUAUAUCUGCUCGAUCAGUGGAGAACCUCAAUAAAGUCAAGCAGAGGUGCAUUGAUACUGGUGGAGUACAAGAAAAUGAUGUGUUAGUUCUUCCUCUAGAUAUGACUCAGUAUGACCAACAUCAAGCAGCUUUUGAUGCUGUCAUUAGACACUAUGGUGAGCUGGACAUUCUUGUGAGCAAUGCUGGACGCACACAACGUGGCCGUUGGGAAAUGAUUGAACUGGAUGUGGAUCGAGAAUUGUUUAACCUGAAUGUUUUCUCACUUAUUUCACUGGCUCGCAUUGUUUCUAAGUAUUUCCUUGAGAAAGGUCAAGGUCACUUCGCAGUGACCUCGAGCACUGCUGGCAAGCUUGGGGUACCCAUGUCAGCUGCUUAUACAGCAUCCAAGCAUGCACUCCAGGGAUAUUUUGAAUGUUUAAGACUCGAGAAGACAGGAUUUAAUCUAGCCAUCACUGUUGUCUGCCCUGGACCAGUCGAGUCGAACCUUCUCAAGGCCAGCUUUACAGAAAAAUUGGGAGAGCAUGUAAAAAAAGACCGAAUAGGGAAAAGACUGUCUGCUGAACGAUGCGCUCAUUUAUUUGCUGUGUCCAUUGCUAAUAAACUAUCGGAAGUGUGGAUAGCUGAUCAGCCAGUCCUCACGAUCAUGUAUUUGUUCCAGUACUUUCCAUUCCUUAUAAGUUUUGGCCUGAGGUUUCUUCCAUUGAGUUAUAUUAUGAAGCUACGAGACGGCCGAGAUGAUGCUGUCCAGAUCAGUGGUGUGCAGAAAAAACAACAAUAGAAAUUUGGCUGUUGAUCUUUUUCACUUUAUGUAAUAUAUAUAAAAAAUAAUCCAAGAAGAGUUGAUACUUAAUAAAAUGGAUAAGGAAACUUUAAAAUACUGUAUCUUGAAAACCUAAGUUUAAAGACCCCAGAUAGAACUGAUUUUUUCUUUAAUGGGCAAUGUCCAGAAACUGUGGAAAAAGUCUGAUAAUCCCAUAAUUGUACAUUAUUGCCAUGUUCUACUGGUAUAUUGGCUUUAACCCUUUGAGGGUUUGUCCUGUAGUCCUACUUCUUUGAAGCCAGGGUCCAAGCUGUAGUUCUACUCUACGAGCUCAGCUCACUCAGAUAAGCUGUGAGUGCUAAAUUUGGGCCUAGAUAUGAGAGAAUGCAUGAAUGUGGUAAGUGUGCAUCAUGAAGCAAAUCCUGCGACAUUGCUGCAUAUUUUCGUAUACACCUACCAUCCGACUUACGACCUGCUCGACUUACGACCACUCGGCUUACGACCGUGUUUUUUAUGCCAAAUUUCUGGGAAAUAAACAACUAUUUGUGUUGUACACAGUGUUUAUCCUAAACCUUACAGUAUAAAAUACAGUACUAACAACAUAAAAAGUAAAGUAAAACAUGAAAUACCAAAAUAAAACAAUAAAAUAAAGUCAUUACAAAAAUGUUUUGUUGAUAUUCAGUAGUAAAGUUCGACUUACGACCAUUUCGACUUACGACCGGUUUCUCGGAACCGAACUCGGUCAUAAGUCGGAUUUUAGGUGUAUUUUUUAUGGUUGUAUUCACUGGUUCCUGGCCUCAUUUCAUAGAAUGGAAGAUGUAUUGCAGAAAUAGAGAUGAUUUUGAUUGUUCUUUGUACUAGAAAUAGCUUGAAACUGAGCUCAAAAUAGCCAAAAUGUUCGAUUUUUACCGAUGUUCAAGGGUUAACAAUUAACGUCAUGCGUCCAAUACAUGUCAGCUGGUGGGUGAUGGACUGAUUACAUCGUCUUCAAGUAUCUUCUGCUUCUAUCAACUUUUCUGUACUUGACUGAAGAAGCCUACUGUGUAGGCGAAACGUUUCAUAAUAAAGAUACCUAACUGUU